CCGGUGUUUGAGACCGACUACUGGGGGACAGACAUCACGUCAGAGCACAGCCACAAGUCGUACCGUCCGCUCACUGUUAUCACAUUCCGACUCAAUUAUCUGCUCAAUGGUCUUCACCCCGAAGGCUAUCAUGUGGUCAACGCUUUACUCCAUCUCAUUGUCGUUCAACUCUUUUAUCGCUUUUGUCUUCAAUUCCUUAACCACCGAAGAAUGGCGUUAAUCGCUUCCAUACUCUUCGCCGUUCAUCCGCUUAAGACCGAAGCCGUGUCCGGAGUGGUCGGUCGCGCGGAACUCCUGUCGACCACAUUCUUCCUCAUCUCAUUGAUGUCAUACAUGAAGCGACGAUACUUUGUGUUCAUAUGUGGUGUCAUUUGCGCCAUACUUAGCAAAGAGCAGGGAUUGACUGUUUUGGCCGUUUGUCUCGCGUACGAAGUGUCCAACUGCUUGUGCCGGACGUCGACUGUGAAGCGCUCAUUCCUCAUGACCAUAGUAAGGAUCGCCAUAAUGGGCGGCAAACAUAACCUCCCGGUGUUUACCAAGUUUGACAAUCCGGCCUCAUUUGAGUCCUACCCCUCCAGACAUCUCACUUACAAUUACUUAUUGCCAUUGAAUGCGUGGCUA